UAAAAAGUGAAAAACUUUGUUCUUUCUAUAUUUUUAUAUUAUUGUCUACUUUACAAUCCUAGAAAAUUAUUUAGAAUAUUAUGCUAACGCUUUGAGUUAUUAAAACUCAUUUGGUUAAGUUUCUGCUAACGUUUUUAAUUGUUUCAUUUACUUUGUUCAAGUGCCGAAAUUAUAAUGAUCUGCGUUUAAUCUCAACAGGUAUUUACAGAAUUAUGGCUUGUACUGAUGAAGACGAGGUGAUCCGAGAAGGAUUUAUGAUAAAGAGGUCACAGAACAAGAAGAUAUUUACUCCAGUAAACUACAAGGGUCGGUGGUUUGUCCUUACCAGGAGAGCUCUCACAUACUAUGACACAGAGGGACAAAAGCGUAAAGAGCGCGGACGAAUACCAACGGACGCCAUUCAUACCGUGGAACAAGCUCAACUAGGAGAGCUGAGCAAGCAAAUACCGACGGACGCCGACAACGAAAAGAGUCCUAUCUACAGGUAUCCCUUCCAGGUGGGGUACACUGAACAGGGCUCCGACUACACGCUGUACCUCGCUGCACGCGAGCAUAGCGAAAGAUUGAAUUGGAUACACGAAAUUCGAAAACUGUGCAUAUCGAACACUCGUCGCGUGCGGUACCACCCGGCGGUGUGGGCGGCGCGCAAGUGGACGUGCUGCGACGCGGAGCGCCGCUCGGCGCCGGGCUGCGCGCUCGCCGCCGGCUGGCCUCUGCCGGAGCCCGACUUCGAGCUCAUCCUCCACGACCACAAGCCUAUCAACGAGAACAGUUUAGCGGUCACAGCGGCGGUCACCAUGCCGGGGGGAGGUGGUGCGCCUCCUGGGACUCCCUCGGCGAAACUAAAGGAUAAACAGAGGACCAAAGUCGUGGUUGCCUUAUAUCCGUUCAAGGCAAUCGAAAGUGGUGACCUUUCAUUGGAAAAGGGUGCAGAAUAUGAGGUUAUAGAUGAUUCACAAGAGCACUGGUGGAAAGUGAAGGAUGAAAACGGGUCUGUUGGAUAUAUUCCUAGUAAUUAUGUCAAAGAGAAAGAAACGAUAGGAUUACAAAAAUAUGAAUGGUACGUGGGCGAAAUGUCUCGGCAGCGCGCUGAAUCAUUACUCAAACAAGAGGACAAAGAGGGCUGCUUCGUAGUACGGAACUCCUCCACAAAGGGAAUGUACACACUGUCUUUAUUUACCAAAGUAAAUCACCCUCAAACCAAGCACUAUCACAUAAAACAAAACGCUCGCGGCGAGUUCUACCUUUCGGACAAGCACUGCUGCUCGAGUAUUCCGGAACUCAUCAACUACCACAAGCACAACAGCGGCGGUCUGUGCUCGCGGCUCAAGGCCACGCCUUGCGACCGGCCGGCGCCGCCCACCGCUGGACUUUCUCACGACAAAUGGGAGAUCGACCCUUCCGAGCUGGUGCUGCUGGAGGAGCUGGGCGCGGGGCAGUUCGGCGUGGUGCGGCGCGGGCGCUGGCGCGGCAGCACCGACACCGCCGUCAAGAUGAUGAAGGAGGGCACCAUGUCCGAGGACGACUUCAUUGACGAGGCCAAGGUCAUGACAAAACUACAACAUCCAAAUCUAGUACAACUGUACGGCGUGUGCUCGAAACAUCGUCCGAUAUAUAUCGUAACGGAGUACAUGCGGCACGGCUCGCUGUUCAACUACCUGCGCCGCACGCCGCGUGACCAGCUCGGCUCCGGAGUGUUACUGGACAUGUGCAUACAGGUUUGCAAGGGAAUGACCUAUUUAGAAAAACAUAAUUAUAUUCAUCGAGAUUUAGCUGCAAGAAAUUGUUUAGUUGCGGAAGAAAAUGUUGUCAAGGUAGCCGAUUUUGGACUGGCGCGAUAUGUCUUAGACGACCAGUAUACGAGUUCGGGUGGUACCAAGUUUCCUAUUAAAUGGGCCCCUCCAGAGGUUCUAAACUAUACAAGGUUUUCAUCCAAGUCGGAUGUUUGGGCGUUUGGAGUGUUAAUGUGGGAGGUAUUUACGUGCGGGAAAGUACCCUACGGUAAGAUGAAGAAUUCUGAAGUGGUGGAGAUGGUCCAGAAAGGACAUGUGCUCGAAAAACCCAAGGAUUGUUUAAAUGAAAUUUAUAAUGUAAUGAAAGCGUGCUGGCGGCACCUGCCGGAGGAGCGGCCGUCGUUCCGCCUGCUGAAGGAGGAGCUGGCGGGCGUGGCGCACAGCGUGCUGGCCGACUGACUGCGCCUGCUGCUGCUGCUGCUGCCGCCGCGCGCGCCCUGCCCGCGCCGCCUGCACGCCGCCGAGCCCGUCUGAGCGCACCGUAUUCCCCCUUUGUGUUCGUCUCGUAAACCGACAUAAUAUGGGGUCAGCGGAAACUGAGCAGCAAAAUGCUCCAAGCAAUUUUCAUUGGUAAUAAUUAACUACAUCAAAUUACAACUAAAACAAAGCUUGCGUGCAAGAGUUAAUUCCUUAUGGAUUUUCUCUUCUACUUUGUAUUUUGUACAAUAUAAUUCAAUACAAUUUUAAUUUGUCAAUACAAUUGUAAUUUGUAAAUAGUCCGCGACAGGUUGAGAUGGCGAUCGGGGUAUGAGGCGGGGGGACGCCCCGCACGUCAGCCGUGCUCGUCCGCACCGGUUUAGUGUGGAGGCUGAGCGGGGCGUUCCCUUCCCGAUUGCCAUUUCAACCUGUCGCGUACUAUAAGUGACGCGGACAGCCUACAGUGUACGACUGAUUUAGCGCCCUAUAAAUAUAUGUGCAAAUACCUGACAUAUAGGGGAGCGUAAUACUCGCGGCGCCCUGUGAUAUCUAUUUCACAAAAUGACUAUGAGUAAGUUCCAAUUUCAGAGAAGCCACAAGUUUAGUGCUAGAUAUGCCAGAGAGCGAUUUUUUUAUACUAAAUGUCACUAUUUGCAUUUAAGUUUAAUAUGAAUCGGAAUCCGUUUCUAAAAUGUUCUUGGGAUACUGAACGUAGAUGUUUCGGUGAACGAGUUUUGUUUAAUUAAAUUUAACACUCAAGACAGAGUGCUUCGUUUUGAUCACAGUAUAGUAGAAUACUACUAGAAGACGUUUCACAUUGCCAAGAUGAGACCAGAUGUGUGAAUGUGUGCAGAGACUACUACAUCAUAAUAUAACACUUUGUAUGAAACCAGAUUCCCUAAUAUUUUAAGCAAGAUUACGUAAAAAUCUGGAAGAUUACAGAGUAAUUUAAUUGAAAUACUUACCUACAUUUUCCUCAAAUAUUUAUGUAUCAUCACUUAACUUUCUUAAAAUAUCGAUAAUAACAUUAUCGACAUUGUUAAUGCAAAAUAACUUAUUUCAUAAAAAUAGGCCUAUAGCAUAUAGCUGAUGAACUGGUUCGUAUAUCAUAUGCAAUUUGGUUGUUUUCUCUCAGACAUUUCAUGUCUUUUUAACAUCAGUAAGACGACUAUGGACUAUGGUUUCACCAAGCCCCUGUUGUGAAUCGUGAUUGAUACGAGAAAAUGGUUUUUUCCAAUUGAUACGAAAGAACCUCCCCUUUUUUUGGAAGUCGGUUAAAAAUAGGAAAGUGAUAAGGCAAGAAGCAUUACAAUGCAGUUACGAUCUAGACACAAUUUCAACAUCUGACUGAAUUUUGUUUGCAUUUCGCGUAAUUUCAACAUUCCACUAUUUGUAGUGAGAUCAAGUUCCAUAACUUUUAAGUACAUUCUAAACCCCCUAGUCUUCUCAUUCUUUUUGUGAUUCUGAAAUACCAAUUCCAUUAGAAAUAAUGUAGGUAGAUUUAAUAAAUUAAUUCUGAACAUAAAAUCAGCAGUAGCCAGGUAAAGUUUUGAACAUUUUAUAGAAAAAUACUGUUCAAUUGACUACUUUAUUAGCAAAUAUUUUAUGAUAAUAAGUUAUUUUAUCAAAAGACCCGUAGCAAAGUUAAAGUGUAUUAGAAAAAUAAUAUAAUUAUACACGCAAUCAAGGUUACCCCUCUGCUGUAGGUAAAUUAUAAUUAAAUAUUUCAAAAACAAAAGUUUCACAAAUCACAAAGUAUUGUGUCCUUUAUUUUUCAUAUUAAUAAAAAUAUUUUUGAAUAUAUGUAAUAGAAUAUUUAACUCAUUUGAUUACUUUUUAUCGCUUUAAGGAUGUUUGUCAUGAAGUCAACCAUUACAAUAUGAUAAUUAAUACUUUUGUAUUAAAAUGUGGACAUAACAUAAUGUUAUUUAUUAUUGAUUAGUUAUUAUAUUACCGAUAUAUUUCAUAUCAUUUAUGAUAUUAUAAUUCCUUUAAGAAAAGACAUGUCCAGUAUUACUAAUAUUAAUAAUAAUAGUAAUCAAAAGCAAAAAAUUAAAAUAAUAAUUAUACUUAUCUAAAAAAAAUUGCCAUAUAAUUUUUUUAUUGAUCUUCGGAAUUAAAAUAGGUGCAGUGGUUUUCGAGAAAAAUGGCACUUAAUAGGUAUACACUCCCUAUUCCUACAGUAUAAUUAUCCUGUUAUCCCAAACGCCUAAAUACUGUCUCCGUUUCGUCAUAGGUAAAACAUUGCUCCCUAUAUUCUUCAAAUGAGAGGAAAUAUCAAUUUUUUUAUUAUUGGCCUAAUUGGACUAUUUUAUUAGCGGUCAUUUUAAGGGACCGUUUCAGAACCCAAAUAAAUUUUAUCUGACGAAUAAAUUAUUAUGACGUUUUGACAGUUUUUGUAUUGGACAUCUGUUAAAUUUAUUCAUCAGUAAAAGCUUAUUUGGCGGUUUUAAGGAAAACUUCUUUAAAAACAUAAGAUUCCAAUAAAAUGUAUCACAAUUCACUCAAACACUAAUAUAACAUGUUCUACAUAGGUAUUAUUUUAAUAAAAGGGUUUAAAAUAACGUCACACAUGUAUGAACCAAGAUAAUUAUUAUAUUAUAAUAGUUUAUGUUUCACAAUAAUUACAUUAUGUAUUCGCUAAAUUAACUCUGAAUUACAGCUAUGCGAGUUUGUCUAAUAAGACUUAGCUUGAGAUCUAUAGAGUGCACUUGGACUUUGCUCAGACUUAAGACACUGUUAAAACGAGACAGCGCUAUAUAUCGCUGGCAUAAUUCUGUCUUGUUUUAACUGAAGCUUAAGUCUGAGCAAAUUCAAAGUGCGCUCUAUAGAUCUCGGCCUUAGAAAAAGGUAUAAUACCUAGAUAUCUAGAAGGGGCAACCAGUUUAACCGUCCACUGCCUAUAUAUAUUUACUUUAUUACCAUUGUCAAACAUUCGUAGAUCUGUAUGAUUAUGAACAAGACUAGCGUUUACAGCACAGUAUUUCAAGUUUAACAUUUGAUACCUAUUAUGUCUAGUCGCCAUGCAUGCAUAAAUAAGUAUUAUUUAUCACGUUUUAAAUUACUUAUCGAUCGCAUUGUAUGAUAACACAUUAUAGCAUCAUAUUUUUACCAAUGUAGUUUUUGCUGUGUAUAGUACUAUGUAUAGUAUGUAUACUGUGUAUAGUAUGAGACAUGUAAAAACAGUAAAUUGCUUCUUAUUUCUAUAAAACUUUUGCAAUAACUAUAAAUAGUUUUAAAAUAAAAACCUGAAAGCUGAUUAUGUUUAUGUUUUCGGGUUUCAAGCGACCAGUGGGCGAUUUGUGAUGAACGAAAAAGACAGAAUAAUUCGAGAGAUAGUGUGGUUAGCCUAGUAUAAUAUGCUUUCCAUUAGACAUUGGGCGGGGUUUUAACGUAAAUAACAAACAUCAAUUUUAGCCUGAGUUUUAUGUAGUUUUACUGACGUUACUAGUAAUUUAUUUUGUUUUGUUAUCUAGCAAAAUAUUUUGAUAACAAGCUGACUUAACAACCACCUUCUAAUAGAAAUUCUGGCUUCCAUGUGCACUACUACAUGUUAGAUUUUUAAAUUUUCAUGUGUUUAACACAUUGACAGUUUUCAUGACGUUUUUUUUUCAAGAGACAUUGAAAUAGAUAAUGCGAAAGUGUUUCUGUCUGUCUAUCUGAUAGCUUUUCACAUCCCAUGUGUUUGAUCGAUGUUGAUGUUUGGUACAGAGUUAAGCUUACAUCCUGGGGAUGUAGGCUACUUUUUAUCCCGGAAAGUCAAAGAGUGCCCACAGGAUCUUUAAAAGCCCAUUCGUUUAAUUGAUUUUUAGGCGUAUAAACGCUGCAUCCCAUAGACUGAAUUGUUACUUUUUCCGGAAAAUCAAAGAGUUCCCACGGGAUUAUUAAGUAGCGGGCAUUAUCUAGUACAUAAUAAAAUUAGGAAUUAUAGUCGCAAAAUUUAUAGUAGCUGUUAAAUUUCUGUUUAUUAUACAAGAAUUUUCUGUAGUUUUCUACGACGAAUAUUCGUAUAUUAUGUAUUUCGUGUGAUUAAAAACCUAGUCAUUAGUUGAACUAAUUUGAUGUUUGUCAGUUGAAUGCAAUUGACUGUCAAUCAAGCGAUUGUAGAUUUACAAGUAUCAAGAGAUGGUACUUGAUCAUUCACUUCGUGGCCAAUCAAAUAAUUCAUAUUACUAAUUAACUUUGAAAUUUUUCACUACUUAACUGACUUCGUCUUGCAUAUCAUUAAUGUAAAGUUCAUCCCAAAUCAUAAUUUUGGGGUUUAACCACUUAUUUGUUUUGUUAUGGCUUAGGUCAUUACUCAUUAUACUAAUUUAAAUAAUUAAUUAUUAAUCACCUAUUACUAGCAUCUAAAUUCUAAAUAGUUUUUUUCUGAUUCCUUAAAUUAAUUCAAUGUGGAUAAGUAAAUACCGUCCCAAUAAGGAAAUGAAGAUGGAUGUUAUAAUAUUAUGUGAUAGAGAUUAUAUUGUAAAUUAUUGUGCGUUGGGUCGCCAUUUACUCCACAAGGAAAGGGAUGUUUCUAAUCAUAGUGAUAGUAAUCCAUCACAUAGUAGCGACACAGAACUGUGCCAACUAUUUGUGUAGAUUCUACUCCAUAUUCUAAUUUUUGUAGAUAUAAUUUUAAGUAUUUGUGACUGAAUAAUGUUAUUUUAAUUGUAAUGCGAAUUAUUUUCUUUAUCAUGUACGAAAUAAUAUGACUUUAAUCUCAGUUAAUUUUCUCAAAUAAGUUGUAUAAUUUCUUUUUUCUCGAAUGAGUUGUAUAGCUUCUCUAUAGCUAUUACGAAUGCUUUGUAAUAUUUUAUAUAUUUACUCUUGUGACACAAGUUUGUCACAGCGCGACGUUAAUAGUACAAUACAAUACAUUAUGAUUAUUAUAAUUACAAUAUGAAUACAUAUUUUGUUUGAAGACGUUUGCUUGGAAAUUGUACAGCGAUUAAUUUGUACCUAUACAUAACUGUUUUGUAAGUAAAUAUAUUAUACAAAAGAAUAA